CUCCUGGAUUCAUUUACUUUGAAACCUCAGGGACAUAAACAACCCCUUUCUUUACACAUUGAGAACAAGAGAACAACAAAAACAGAGAUUUACGUGAUGCCUAUAGCUGGAGCCAUGUCUCACAUAAUACCCAAUCACAUUCUGAGGGUGGGUCAGAGUACCUGCCUGGACUCUGCUCGUGAGGCGGCUCUGGGGUGCAGUCCGAGCACCAUGAUAGACCCCAAUGGGAGUUGCAGUGAACAGGACGACCUGGACAUCUCCCUAGAUAACCUGAACCAGCUCAUUCUGGAACUGGACCCCACGUUUGAUCCCAUCUACUUCAACAAGAGGUCCCAGUCCAGCAGCCUCCACACAGAGGACUUCUCUCCAGAUGAAGACGUCUCCAGCUGUGUGGCCAGAGGCUGUGCUCCAAGGCACAUCUCCACCUCCAUCUCCCCCUCCUGCAGCAUUCCCAUCCCACUGUCCUCUGCUUCUGGCUCCAGGUGCAGCCCCCAAGGCUCCCUGGUGUUCUCUGAUGCCUCCUCUCGCCCCCCACUGCCAUGUGGAAGUGUCGUCCGCCGGCGGCUGCCCUCGACGCAGGGAGGCGAUGUGGGCAUGUGUUCAUCCCCGGUUACCCUGCGCAUGUCACACUCUCACAGGAACAGUGCCGUCUCGAUGAUCUCCACGUCGCCCGGCUCAGAAACCAGUUACAUGAUGGGCAGCUAUCAGUCCUUGCUCAGUGACGGUGAAGGCGACAGCCCCGAGUCUCACCUCCUCUACCGCACGUCCAGCUCCUACAGCGACGUGUCCAGGUCCUCGACCAGGCUGUUCACCAACAAGCGUUCGCCGACCGGCCCAUCACCACUCGGCCACUUCCAGGGGAUCCACAGCAGCCCUGCCUCCCUGGCCGGUUCACUGACAGACAUCCCUGUGGUGUUGGUCAACGGAGCCCCAGAGCAGGAGCUCAGCCCCCAGUCACCUCCAGAGGCAAUGGUCCCAGACAUACAGAUCAAGCAGAGGCCCAGCUUCAGGCCAUCCUCGCCAUCUCCCUCUCACUCUUUACAAGGCCAUUUCCAAGGCAACCAGCACUCCAUGAAGUUUGUCAUGGACACCUCUCAGUUCUGGUUCCGCCCACACAUCAACAGAGUUCAGGCUGAGGCCAUAGUGAUAGAUAAGGAGCCGGGGACCUUCGUGGUGAGAGACAGCACGUCCUUCAGAGGCUCCUUUGGGCUGGCUAUGAAGGUGGACCAGGCACCCGUCAACAUAUCCCCUACUGGCCAAUCAGCGGAGGGCAGCUCAGAUCUCGUGAGGCACUUUCUCAUUGAAUCGUCGGCCAAGGGCGUCCGUAUCAAGGGCUCCUCACAUGAACCGUACUUUGGUAGUCUGUCUGCCCUGGUCUUCCAACACACCGUCACUCCGUAUGCCCUACCCUGCAAACUUCUGCUCCAGUCACAUGAUCUGAACAAAGGACAGGAGGAAACAAAUGACAGGUCAGCACCAGAAGACAAGACCAAGACAGCUUGCAAUUUCCUCUACCUGAGUGCUAUCCCCACUGAGACGUUGACAGGGCCGUGUGCUGUACAAAAGGCUGUGUCCUCCACCUUCACGAUGGACCUGAGCACCAUCACACCCACCAUAGUCAACCUGAAGGUGUCACCCAAAGGUGUCACCUUGACAGACAUCCAGAGAAAACUUUUCUUCAGACGUCAUUACCCUGCACACAUGCUCAGCUACAGUGGUGAAGAUCCAGACAAGAGACUGUGGCACAAGAGUUCCAAACCAGCAAGGAUAUUUGGUAUAGUGGCAAAGGGCACUGAAGCGGGUAGGGAGAAUGUGUGCCACGUCUUCGCAGAAUACGACCCUCUUCAGCCCUGUAAUCUGACCAUUGAGUUGACACAGGGCAUAAUUUUCAAACCAUAACCUCAAUCUGUCCAGUAUGGGAAGGUGAGAUAAGACAAUAUCACCGGACUGAAUGUUGGAAGCUCUUUACAUCACUACGGUCUACGAGGGCGCCCAGAGCCAGACCUGACACAGAUACUCUGAUGUGUCAAUUCUCGGUCCGUGUAUGCAGGCAGGCACGAGUUAAAAGUACGCAGAAAUGAAUAGGGCCAGAUUUUUUUUUGUGGGGGGGGGGGUUAAAAAACAACAUUUUAAUAAAAAAAUUAAUCCACAGGGUAAAUCUAAAAUCCCGAUUCUCGAGCUGCAACACACAGACAUGUACGGUGUGGACAUUCAGUGGGACAUUCAGUGGGCUCUAAAGUGCCAGCAGUUCACUAGGAUUUGCUAGUGAAAGAAAUUAAAUGCAAAUAUGAAAAAUAACUGGUCGCAUUGGUGCGAGUGUGAUACACAUUUAAUUCUGCGUCCCAUUAGUUGUAUUUUCCACGUAACAUUACGAGGAUCACGCAACCUGAUAGUCUGUAACUGUAAUUAUGAUCCACGUCACAAAAAGCAUUACAAAGGUAUAAUCAAAAAUAAAUAUAAACAUCUUGGCAUUAAAUGGGGUCGGGAGUUUAGAAGGCUGCGCGAUGAAGAAUGAAUGAGUGUCCGGUAUUAGCUAUAGAGGCAAUGCUUCUAGAAUGCCUUGCACUAGAUUUGAGAUGUUAUCAAUUUUGAAAAUCCAAAUGAUGUAUGCAGCUGCAAAGAAAUACAAUACGUACCUUACAUAGGCUGAAACACUCUUCUAACGAAGAUCUCGCUGACAUUGCCAAUGGGCAGACAGAUUGCCAACGACAACCAUUUGAUCAGAGUCUGGUCAACAUGCGCACGGAUCAGGCCUGGAGAGAAAUCGGCUGUGACGCUGGGGAUAUUGGUCUUAUUCCACAGCAAUGCAGACUGCGAACGAAUAUUCAGUCUCGUUUCCAAUAACAAAACCCAGUACAGAGUCUCCCCCAGUACAGACAUUCUGAGUCCCCUCGUUACCAAGGUUUCAAUGAUGGGCAGUGGAACUGUUUGCCACAGUGAAGUCUACCCCGAUCCCUGCUGCGUAAUUCUAAAUCCGCUAGCUACCAGACAAGUCUGCCUAGGAAAUGAUUUCCUGAACAUUUGAAGGUCUCUAGAAGAUUUGUUCUCACCCACUGUUUCCUAUCAUAGCUUUUUCGUUUGUACUGUAUUAUGGAUAAAAUGUUUAUUUGAUACUGAUGCUCUGCUUCAAACAUUUGUUAUUCAUAUCAUGUCAGAGUUUUUUUUUAUCGCGGAUAAGACGUUUGCACCUUUUGUACCUAAACAAUUAACUUGCUAUUUGUUUAAUAAAAUAAAAACUCAAAGAAUAAAGGCCCUUUGUCUUUCUAAUUAGUUAUUGUUAGUGACUUUUACCAUAGGUGUAAUUGGAAUUCUGUCAAUAAGAAAGAAGGAAAGAAAGUAUUCCAACCAUGUAUAGACUUGAUUUGGUACAAUUAUAUAAUUGCGAUCAGACUCACAAACAGCGCGCGUAUGAACAUGUGGGGGGGAACCCCAAUUCGGCGCGUGCUACGCGCGCGAGUUGAAUCUCCAAUUUGACACGCACGUCUGGUACUCUAAAAAAUUGGACAGGGUUGGCAGGUCUGCAAGUGAUUCCUGUAGCAUGUUGCAGGUCUGAUGACCCACUGAGCCCAAAAAGCUUACUUUCCAUCAAAGCUAAGAUGGUGUCCGUUCAUGAAAAUGUGGUACCCCCAAUUAAUUUCAUACAAGGUAGGAAGAUCCUGUAGAUUUCAAAAUCGAUAGGUCACAUAGAUGUUACAAGCUAUAACAUUGUAUAGUUUGGAUGGGAAGGGUUAGACAAAGUACACUACUAAUGUACUGUAGAUCAGUACCUUAUUUAAUAGUCAACCCCUGAUUAUGUGGAGGGCACAGUAACUGGAGCUCUCUUCAUUUCUACAGGAAACUGUGAUAUACAUCUGUAGUAGUUAUCUAACGAGAUUGAAAAGCACUAGAGGUUCAUUAGAUAAGUAGAGCUAUCCUCUCCGGGACAAAUUCUAACUUGAGAUCCAUGUGUCACCUGCAUUUUGGCACAACUCUCCCAUCUACACUAAUGCAUGAGAAAAUGUGAUUUAUGGGCAUGCAAGUUAGAAUUGGGCCCUAAUAUGGGUAAUUUGAUUAUGUAUAGCCUAUUGCUAUGCUUCAUGACAAUAAUUAUAUUUUUUCCUGCACUAACUUUAUCAUAUCUAUUUUGUCAGAUGUUGUAUAUUAUUGUGUAUUGAAUACAAAACGUAUCUAUUUCAUAUUUUGUCAUGUUUAUUUUAUAUUUAGGAUGAUAAUAAACUUAAAGUGACAAGUGUUUGUGUCUUGUCCGGUAAUGGAUCUUUAAUAUCCCUGCAGGGUGCACCCAUACCCCAAACACAUAACUGCCAAAUACAUGAAAGAAUCGGGAAAUACAUUAGAUAAUAUGACUCUGUGGAAAUACAUUAUCUCUGAAAAAAUUUGCAGCAUUUGUACACAUACCCAUGACUAGAGAAAUAUACUAUUCUAUAUAUAUAUUUUUUAAACCCACUGAAGACAGCGUUUGUGUUUUAUUUAAAUGAAUACAUUAUUAGAUAAAGGCAUAAUUCUUCAUUCUAAAGUUAAAGAGCUCCAAAAACGAAAAGAAGAAUUAGUCCCAAGUACUCCGUGAAGCAGAGCAAAUCAAGCGCAUGAAGAACUGCAUAGAAUAUAAUUGUUUUUAACAUUUGUACACAGGAGGGACCCAACUGCAAUGCACAAUGGUAUUAUCUUCGCGUCAUAUAUUUGGUGCCAACUCAAAAACAUUGCAAAAAAAUAAAAUAAAGAUACUGUCUUGUAGAGUGUAAUCAGUCAUAUAGAUAUUAUGUAUACGACACAACAAUACCAAAAUAAAGCAUUCAGGAUACUGUAGAGCAAAUAUUUACAAAUACCGGCCCCUGCUGGCUAAACCAGGGUAUAUCUCUACGAUACAAGAGGCGGGGUUAGAUUAGAAAAAGGCCCUCCGUCUCCAACCGUUGGAGAGCUUCUGUCCUGUAGGUUUUCACUCAUAUCCUAAUGUAGCGCACCUGAUUCUAAUAAUUAGCUGGUUGAUAAACUGAAUCAGGUUAGUUACAACUCGGGUUGAAACGAAAACCUACAGGAGGGUUGCUCUCUCCAGGAAGAAGCCUCACUGCAAUUU